AUGGCACGGCCCAGAGACAGUGGUGCGGUCGCAUAUACUCCGUUGUCGGCACCUGAUAAUGCUCACAGCCAGACACAAGAUGAAUCCACAGUUGCGGAAAAACAGUUCUCUAUAUGGGCCCGGCUCGGCACCGUUCAUAUCCUUAUUUUAGGUCUCGGCUCGAUCAUGCUUAUUUUGCCAGUCGUACCUUUAGCCUGGCUUUGGGCCGAGUCCACGGCAGCAGCCGCAGGGCAAGAACCAAGCAGGGCUUGGAUCGUGGUCAUCAGAGCAAACUGGAGCACGCGGAUCGUCACCAUCUGCACGGCCAUUCUACGUACGGUUGUUACAGCUCAGGCUAGUGUGACGACUGCGAUGUUUGCCGGCAUUAUUCUAGAGCGGGUCGGCACUCCCCUAGUGGACGGACCAUUCUAUUCCACUACGCGCGCUCUAAGCGGGAGCCCGAGUAAUUUCCUAUGGACCUCGAGUCUACCUUUGCGCGGAACUGGCCUCUCAGCCGUGAUCGUUACUCUUAUUCUCUUGGAAGUGUCGGUGACUAUGGCCGUGCAGCUCCUCUCCACCCUUCUCGUGGCUGACUUCGGGAAUGGGGCAUUUACUGGACCCAGUAACGCGACUAAUGUCCGGAUCCUAAAUGAUUACGGAGAGGUAACACUCAGCCAGCCGUGGUGGCUAAUGCCUCCGGCGGCCAGUUGGACGUUUGCCGAGCACUCAGAACCGCCUGUAACUGGGCCUAAGCACGAUGAUACAGGUCACACGUACCGCGCCUUCCUACCCUAUCCAGAUUCGAUGCAGCGGACAUCAAUACGUCAUUUAAGAGGCCCAGUUACAAUCAUCGAUCAAAGAGUCGUCUGUGUGCAACCUACACUCCGUGACCUUCGCCUCGACGCACUUAACAUAGGCUACCCUCGUCUUUCGGGACAGAUUGCCAUCGCUAAUAGCACGUAUCCAAUGUUACAGAGGACUGAGAGUCAGCCCUACCUCCCGUUUACGUGCUCGCUGACCGCCUUGUUUACGAACUCUACCAGGGUGCAGGAACAGACGAGCUUAUGUGAGCCGAACAAUGGCGGGAACUGGAAUGUCCUGAUGGAAGGCGGCAUGGUGCCACCCUUGGCCCUCAUCAAUGACUCGUCAUUGGACGCCCUCGUGGAUUCAACCCCGAUGUUUAUGCUUCUAGACAUCAUCUCCUCGGCGUCUAUACGACACGGCGUGACGCAAGAAGUCCACAGCGUUGGAGACAACAGCACCUCUAGUAGUCCCUGGGUAAUGGUCGGAAACGGGGCCGAUCCCCCUUCGGUGCGAGUGACGGCAUGCAUGUUUAAUCUCGAUGUGGAUACGUUCACCACGGGCCUGGACAGCGACUGGGAGGGGUCAGAGCCCACCAUGUCCUGGAACCGCUCUACAGAGCGCUACAAUACUGCGAAUACAAUCACCCAGCUAGGUGCAGUCCUCCCCCGUCAACCAAUAGACCACAGGGGCGUGCUCGCUCUCGCCCCACGCUCGGAUUGGCAAUCCUUCUCUAGUUCAGGGAAUGUCUCCGCUUACCAGCACUACGUCGUGAAUUCCAACAUCUUGGCGAAUGCCGUCCUUAGUAGUCUGGAAGCCCCGCGGACGAGAGACUUGGACUUUACACCGGAGCAUCGUAACCAGAGGGUCAACGCGAGCAUCGAUCUCUCUCGGUUGGCAAGGGUUGAUUCCAAAGCGCACGACGCGCAUAUCGAUUUAUUCCAGGACACGUUAAACCAGACGCAGAGCCCCGCCUUGGCCCUACAAGUGCUCCUCGCGCGCAUCUGCCAGAUGGCCUAUUACGAUAUACUGUUGCGAAUCGACGAGAGCAAGGUUGCACAGGCCGCCUUCUCGGACGCGGCCAUGUUUCCGACUCAAUGGACGGGAUUUGGGGUAGGGAUGGGGUUGUUGCUAGUUCACUGGGUGGUGGUGGCCAUUGUCGUGGGGCUGUUUGCACGAUACACGCGCCAUUCUUUGUUGGGGAAUCAUUGGCAGGCGGUUUCACAGGUGUACUCGGAGGACACGGCAGCGAUUCUAGAGAAGGCGGAUCGGAUGAAUGAUCGGGACAUCAAGCGUUGGGUCAAGGGCAAACGGCACAGGGGAAAGCUAUAUAGCUUUGCGAGUGAUGAAGGGGAGGGUCGGGUGGCACUGAGAGUAAAGCGCCCGGAUUAA